UUUGCUCAUUCAGUCUCUUCAAUUUCCAUUUGGAGCGGCUUUGCUGCAAUGCGCUAUAUCCACGGGCUGUUAUACUGGCUUGCAGCGUUGCCCGCAGCAGUCCUGGUGCUUGGAGAUGCUCCAUGGACGGACUGUGACGACGAUCCAGGCAACAUGCUGCUGCUACAAGUGAGCUUGCAACUGAAUACGUCAAAACCAUGGCAGAAUCAGACUUUCUUCGAGCAUCGGAGGACUUUCCCAGAAAACUUUCUGCAAGAGAUUGAUGAGGACAUAUCCACUAUGUGGGUUGGUAAUCACUUAGAUAUCAAGCUUGCCUUCAUUGUGCUGUUGCUCACUGUAGCAAUGACAUUGUGGUUCUUGCGUAGCAGCGCAGAUUCAGCUGGACAAGGCUCACAAAACCACAGUGAUGAGGCUUCAUUCUUCACCUGCUACUUCAUUGUCUUUAUGGAUGCCUUUGGCUUUGGCAUUUUUGCUCCUUUUGUUCCUGUUCUAGCCAAAACCUUCGGAAUGACAGCGCGGAACAUUGCAGGCCUGCUGACCGCCUUCUCCUUUGCACAGGCGUUUAACACGCCGCUCUUUGGGUAUUUGUCCGACCGGCUGGGCAGAAGAAAGGUGCUCUUGCUUGCUGUUGCUGGCGAAGCCUGCGCGUAUGCAACAAUGAGCUAUGCAAGGACGUUCUUCGGGCUUCUCAUUGGUUAUUCUCUUGCUGGGGCCUUCUCUGCAACGAUUGGAGUUUGCAAUGCCUACAUUGCAGAUCUAACCAGCACAGAAGAACGUCCAGUGCGUAUGGCGCAUCUGAAUGGCAGUAUUGCACUCGGUGUCAUGACUGGGCCAGUGGUUGGAGGCCUCAUUAGCAAUCAAGGCUUUACGGCCGCAUGCCGUGUUUGCGCUCUUCUUUCAGCCUCCAACUUUGCCUUCACUUGCUUCUGUCUUGGAGAUCCUUCUGCAUCUGGCAAAGCUGAUGAGAAAACAGAGGAGAAACCAAAGAUUCCAGGCUUGGCUUGGCUUCUGUGCAUUGGUGCGUUCCUGGGAGAGGCUGGGAUGGCUGCAUGGGAGAGCUGUGCUGCACUCUACAUCAUGGACAGUUAUUUUUGGUUCUAUCCUUCACCUGCAACAGCAAGUUCUCAAUUCUUUGCUGGCGGUAUGGCAAUGUCUGGUAUCAUUGUGGUCUUCGUUACAGUUGUGGUAUUUCCAACUUGUAUGGAGUUGUUGAAACAGUGGCGCACAGUGGUCAUUAGCGUUUGUCUUCGCCUUUUGGGAUUCAUUGGCAUAGGGCUUGCGCCCACCAAAUGGCUAUUUCUUGUUGGACAAGGCAUGACCAAUGUUGGAGACAACCUUGGGGCUCCAAAUGUCACCUCCCUUUUGACGGAAGUUUCUGGUAAAGCUGCCUACGGAACAUGCUUAGGCGCUAUGGCUGCUUUUCAAGCCAUGGCACGAGUCAUUGGCCCGAUCCUUUUUGCAUCGCUCUACGAGGAUGUGCACCAUUCUGCACCUUGGAUAGCCGUAGCAAUGUUGGGAGCAGUUGCUGCCGGCCUUUGGUUCUAUGUCCGCACAGCCCAGAGUGCAGCAGAUGGCGAGACAUCGCCAAAGGCCACAGAUGCCGAGGAAUGUUCAGGUAAAGCAAUUAAAUGAUGCCGAGGAUUUUCUGAUGCAUUAAUUGAUCAUAAAUGGCAUGCAUAAAGACAUAAAGAUGCAGAAAGAAAUCAUCCAGUCACCGGUCUGUCAUUGCGCUGGUUCGAAGACCGAACCUGUUCAGAGUGUUGCCAACAUGUUGUGUUGCAAAAUGUCCGUGGCAACUGGUGCAGCUGACUUUCUCGGUAGCUUGUUGAUUGUGAAUGGGGUUGCAAAGUAUUGUUUUGAUGGCUCACAGAUGCUCGCAGCAGAACUUUGUUGCACUCGG